GUAUAUUCGGUCCAUUGAUACAGAUUGGUGUAUUCAUGUUGUGCUGUUCUAGAUCUGCCCCUGAACGCUCUACUAUUUACGUGCGAAAUCUUAAAAGAUCCCUGCUUGCACGUGAGACCCCAGCGUAUGCCUUCUGUUCAACAUUACCACGUUAGGCAAACAAAAGGGACGUGCCAAGACUUUCACUAUGACAGGAUCGGAUGGAUUCAGAAAACCAUCCGACCCAGCCGCAGGAUUUCCUUUUAUUGUCUCAUCAAAUCUGGAGAACGUCGAUGCAGUCACGAGGAAGCUCAUCAGAAGCCAUGUCAUGCGAGGGAAGAAGAAGAAAAAAGUUCGACCAGACAAGGGUCAGCCAACGAUCGGCAGGAGGGCAAGGACAAUGGCUGUUUGCACUCAGACAGCACGAGUCAAGCUGGAAGAAGUGGGCAGCUUGUAUACUUCACUAAUACCUAGCCGUGUCGGCUCGGAUUUGUCUUUUGCCGAGUUUGCUGCUGAUAUAGAGCUGCCGAUGCUUUUAAACAUAGCUAAAGUUACACCAUUCGCAAGAAAGGUUAUCUUCCCUCUAAAGGUGGCGAUUGGCCUUCAGGAAGAGAACAAUGAGGGACAUUACCCCAUUGCACGAGACGUUGUUGGUCUUCACAUAACGGCGUUCGCAGUGGAAAGCUUCAUCGACAGGGUUCUUCGCCAUCGGGAGAGUAUCAUCAAUUUAGCGGCGUUGCUUCAUUUCCAGAAAGGCCUGACACUUCUAAAGGAAAGGCUUCUAGGGGAAGAUGAAGAACUAAAAAUUUCAGACUCUACAAUCAGUGUGGUCUUGAAGCUUGCUGAAGCUGCACAUUUCGACGGGGAUUAUCAGACAUCAAAGCAACAUAUGCAAGGCCUUCGUAAAAUGGUAGACCUGAGAGGAGGUAUAUAUGUGUUUAGGGGCAAAGCCCUUGAAGUAGGGAUGUUGAGGUGCGAUCUUAGCAUCGCGAUGCACAAUGGGUCGAGCCAUGUGUUCUUCAGUCAGCCUUCACAGCCGGUUCCGGAUUAUCCCCAUAAUCUCCUGCGAGUUUGGGACGACAAGAUGUGUUCCCAAGAGUACAUUGAGAUUUCUGAAAGCUUGGACAGCAGUUUGGCGACAGCUUGGCGAAUUAUGAGAAGGUUUUGUGUGCUAGUAAAUAUUGGGACGCAGACUCAGCGGUUAAUACGCCCGCAGACUAUCCAUGAAACGAUGACUGCGGUAAUGUAUCGCCUGCUGCGCAUGGACUUCACUGCCGGCUCGAUCAGUGAAGCUAUACGGCAUGGGCUAUUGGCCUUUUCUUACCAUGUGUUCCUGCAGUGGCAAGAUAUCAAACUCCCUUACCACUGCUUUCCUACUAUCUACAAAAACUGCAUACUGGGCCUCGAGCUUGUCGAUGGGAUAUCUUCUCAGCUAAUGAUUUGGCUCUUAAUGACUGGAGCCCUUUCACUGUUCAGCACGUCAGAGGAAGUAUGGAUAAGGGACGGUCUGCGAAAGCAGGCUGAUAAAUGCUGGGUAAGUAGUUGGAAAGAAAUGCAAGACAUUUUGAAGUCGUUUAUGUGGAUUACCUUGCUAGACGAACAGCCAGGCAAGCUUGUUUAUGACACGACUUAUCUAGAAAAGGCUUAG